AUGGUGGGCUCUAUGACUGAAAAGGUUGAACCAGUGAUGCCACAGGGUCGGGAAGUGGCACCGAUCAAGCCGACGAACUCGGAGGAUGCAUCGUCCCAGUCGAAUCCCGGGGACCAAACGCCCCGGAGUCGAGUGUCGGCUUUACCGACGUUUACGGGGCUGCGACGUGGGUUGGGAAAAAAUGGACUCUCCUCGAGCGUGCCAACGACGAAAGCAAAGCCCGGGGUGAGCACGGUUCUGCAGAAACGGCAGUUGGAGAAUCAGUUCGCGACGAAGAGACAGAAGUAUACGUCCCUCAAGAAGGAACUGUCCGACAAGCAGAAACAAGCCCUCGACUUGUACGAGGAGGUUUCCGAGCUCCGGGAUAAGGUGAUCGCGGCAGGAUUGAAGGAUCCGGGAAAGAUAGAGAAGGUGCAGCUCAAGAACGACGCCCUCCGAGAAACGUCGAGCUUCUGCGACGGCGAGUCUGGCGAACGGCUGCUUUAUCACUGCACGUUGACGUCCUUGGUGGCGAACGACUUCGCGGCGACGUUCGAAGAAAAGCUAAACGAUUUGGCCGGCUUGAGCGGCGACGUGUGUCGGGAGGCGCUGAACAAACGGACCGAUAUGAUCGGGUUGCUGGCCGAAUUCACAACGGGCAACAACGCCAAGGUUGACCCGGAGAUGGCCAAGCAGCUCGAGAGUCACGAAAUCGAGGAGCUCGGGGCACUGCAGAAGCGACUCGAGGAAGCGACUUCGAGGCAGCGUGACAUGAUCGGCGAGCUCGUGAAGAAGACCUUGGAGCUUUUCGCGAACUCGGGCGAGGAGCUGGUCAGGGAACUCAGGGAGAAGCUGAGCUCGGCUGUCAAGAAACUUGACGAUGAGAGGGAGAAGGUCGCCCAGAUCAAGGAGCGAAAGAGUGCGGUUGAGGCGCAGCUUCAGAAGGCCAGGACGAAGAUACGCGAGCUCGAGAGCCACGCGAACUCCAACGAGGCCAAGAUCCAGCAGCUACAGGGCAGCAUCAAGUCCCUCGAUAACCAGGUGAAGCAGAAGGAGGCUGCCCUCGAGGCCCGCACCAAGGACAUGCACAAGGCGAUCAAGAACAGCGAGAGCCUCGUUGCGAAGACCGAGAAGCAGCGAGACAGCCUCGAAUCACGGGUCAAUGAACUGAAAAAGAAAAUCGACCAGAAAGAGGCAGAGUCCAGUGAGACCAUCAAGAGACUCUCGAAACAGCUCGAGGAUACUGAGAAAGAACUCACCGCGGAGAAGGAAGCCAGGUCCCGAGCCGAGGAAAAGAUCUUCGAGCUGACCGAACGGUGCACCAAACUCGAAGAGAAGAGUCAGCAGCUUUGCGACCUUGCAGAGAACACCAAAGACUUUACCGUCAAGCCAGUGAACGGCAUACACACCGAAAACGAACUUCAACUCUGGAACGAGCUGCAGGAUACUCGAACCGCUUUGGCCGCCCAGGAGGACAAGCUGCUCCAGAUCCAACGUGAGAAGGAAGAUAUCAUCGCAGUUCUUCAGCAGGCAGCGAACCAAGAGGAUCCGGCAAGUGUGAAGGACAAGCUAGCCGCAGAGUUGAUAACGAAAAGCGAAGAGCUUCAGAAAGCCAACUCAGAGAGAACGGAGAUCCAGAAGAGAUUGAAGAUCGCACUUGAGAAGAGUGAAAACGUUGAAAGGCAGUUGUCCGAGCUGCAGGGCCGACUACACACCCAGUCAAAGGAGGCUGGUAAGUCGGGAUGGGCGGCGCACACCGUCGAGCUGCAUCAGCAGCUGUCCGACCUUCGAUCGACCUUGGCUGAAGUUCAGCGUUGCAACGAGGAGCUUGAAACCAAGCUGAUCCGGAAACAGCUGGAGGUCGAGCAACGGGACAGGAUUAUGAGGGAACAGAGCAAGGUCCUGAAGGUCAGAGAUGAGCUCAUCGGGAUCCUCAAGGGCCAGGGCAAAAACGGUUCGGAGAACGGAGCCCAAGAACACCAGAACCAGCUGGACCCUGAGACCAUCAAUUGUCUGGUGAACAAGCAGAUCGCGGCGAAGGCGGAGGACCUGCAGGCUCUUUACACCAGCCUGGAAAGCAAGCAGAAGCAGCUGACGAGGUUGGAGAAGAUGGUGCGCCAAAUGGAGGACGAGAACGAUCGUUCCCAGGCGACGCGAACCAAGCUGGAGAAGGAGGUCGCCCAGCUGCGGCUCGAGUUGCACGAGAGAAACCGGGAUCGUCGGUACGUCGAGCCACGGAUAACCCGGUCCCCGAAUUCUCGAUCCUCCUCGCCGAUUCCGGUGCUGCCGAGGUUGCCGGGACCGCGUCCGAUCCGCUCGCGGAAUCCGUCGCCGCGGGCGAAAUCGGCAAGCGGUGGGGAAAAAUUGGCAAGGUCGAAUCCCUGCGGGGAAUCUCCGUCGGUACAGAAACUGAACGACAUCAUCCGCGCCCUUGAAAUCGAGAGGGCGCGAGGCCCGCACAGGAUUCCCCGGCGCGUAUCCAGGUCCCUGAGGGGAAGCCCCGUGCGAAACAGUACCGAAAUACGCGAGGACCUUUACAAUUGGCUGAUGCAACCGUCCGCGUCAGAUGACAAACGGUCGGCUCAGACGAAUUCCAAACACGAAUUUGUUAAGCAUUCGCGCGCACUUUUGAACGGGGAAUUGUCCAGACGCAAUACCGGGUACGAAAUUGGCUCCUCUAUCUGGAUCGAACAGGAUACACCCACGAGGACGUCUCCCUUGAUUCGCGUCCGCCAGUACACGGCGUAA